AAUAAUCCCGAAACCAUUCGAAUACAAAAGCAUUGACAAAACAAGGUAAAAUCUCGAAAACGAAAAAAGAGGAAAAAAAUGAGUUGGGAUUAUGAAUCCAGUGAUGAAGAUUACCCUGCAGCAGUUGCAGCAGCUGGUUAUGCCAUUCAUUCGCUCGACGAAUCAGAACCGUUGGAUCAAAACAAAAAAAUCAACGGCCCUGAUAAGCCCUUGAACGAAACAAGGACCAAAACUGAAGUUUCUUGGAUUUUACCUCAACUCCAUAAAGGAGUGUUAUCAGAUGAAACUCCGAGAAAAAGUUUUGAGAAUCAUGAAAUCGAAGCGCGAGCGAGUGAAGAGAUGCCCGAUCAGAAUGCAGUGGGGUCCGCACCAGAACCAUCCAUCAAGGACAGUACAAGUUCUUCUUCUUCCGAUAGUGAUGAAACCGAUAGCAAUAAAUCCGGAAAUAGUAAUAAUAAUAAUGCAGCGGUCGAGAAGGCGGACGAGCGGGCCCCGCCUAUGAAAAGGCCUUCAACUUUUGCAGAUAAGCAUCUGUACAUGGUCGAAAGCGAAAUUGCAAAAACUGGACCUGAAAUUUCUAUGGCAGAUGCUUGGGAAAAAGAAGAAAUGGCGAGCAUUCAAGAACGGCAUUUGCGGCUGAUAGCUAUAAUCGAUAACUGGGAGAUGAAAAAGAAGAAAAAGGCAGAUCACAAACUAGAAAACACAAAGGCUAAAUUGGAAAAGACAUUUGCAAAAGCUGUGCAGAGCCACCGCGACGAGAGAAUGAAGGCCACGGUCGAAAAUUGGGAGAUCAAGAAGAAGAAAAAUGUCGAUCGUGAAAUCGAAAAUAUCGAGAAUAAAUUGAAGAAGAGGAGAGCGAAAGCUGUGCAGAGUCAUCGCGAAAAGACGAAAAGAAUCGAAGAAGUAGCGGGCGGAGCUCGGGCACAAGCAGAGGAGAAUCGAAGAAACGAGGAGCUCAAAGCGAAAGAGAAAGCCAAUAAAAUCAAAUUAACCGGAAAAAUUCCACCAACAUGCUUAUGCUUUUGAAUAUAUAUUAUCCACCAUUGAAUAUAUAUAUAUAUAUAUAUAUAUACUUUCUUUGAUUAAGAACAAAUUUGUGUGUAAAUUGUAAAUGCAGUGAGAUAAUCAACUUACAAAUUAAUUAAGUUAAGUUAUAAAUUCGAAACAAGCUAAACGAAACAAA